AUGGAUAGUUUCAACUUCGGCGACUACAGUGGCUACACGUACCCUUCUAUGGAGGAGUACGAGGCUAACAACCCUCUUCGUGCCCUUGCAGAAGAGGAGCGCGCCUCGGCUCAUGCCGACCUGCUUCUCCCCGGAUCGCGACUGGAGCCUAGUGCCUCUACCCUCCCCUUUGCAUUCUCCGACUAUCUCCCUCCUUCGACGCUUCAGUCAAGUGUGCCAUCGGAAGUCUACGUGUCGUACCCAACCAUGCGCCAUUCGGCUGGUCUUUCCGGCGGAGAUCCCUCGAACGGGAUCCAAGGCACGUCUGGCAACGCGACAUCCCGUGACGACAACACGACCUCCCGCGUCGACAACGCGCUGCAUCACGCGUUCGACGACGCGUCAGCGAAUCUCAAUGACACCUCGCGCGAGUCAUCCCGGCACCCCUUCCUGACACACGACCUGCCCUACACCCCCACGACGAUCCAUGCCGAGUCUCGCGAGACGUCAGCCACCUUGACGGAGGUCCUCACUGGCAACGACGCGUUGACAAUGUCCCCCCUCGUCGAUUGUGACGAUGAGGACGAAGACGAAGACGAAGAUGGAGGCGAGGACGAAGAGGCCAACGACAAGGCAGCAGAUGGGGGUAAUGCACCACCUCUCUUCCUUGGAGACGACAACGACGACGACGACGAGGAUGACGAGGGCGAUAGAGUCUCAGCUGCAGCGGGUACGAGCGGCGGUACCCUCGGCCUCCUCACCCGGCGCACCCUUAUCCAACAAGACGACACCCAGAUCGCGAAGUCGCACUCCUGGGAGAUUCGGAACCCAGGCCAGCCGGUCCAGCCACCUCGCAAGAACCGCCCGCUUACCGCAGCAGAGAGGGCCGCUCGCGCUGACACCCAGCCAGCCGCCCAAACGAAAAAGGAGCGCAUGGCCGCCAGCCUCGUCAAGAUUCUCGAAAACCUCGAGCGCGAGAUCCUCGCCGAAGCCGCGGAGAUCGACGAAAAACCCACCAAGAUCAGGAAGCUUGUCUUUGCAAACUCCGCCUUUGUGAAGCGUCGGAAGGCCAAUCUAGCUAAUGCGAAGGUUCAUAUGAUGGCCGUCGAGGCUAACAAAGAUCGCACGUACGGUGACCGGAUUCGGCUACCCGAGAUCCGGCAGAUGAUCGCCAACGACGACAACAUCCAAGACCUCACCGACGAGCAGAAGGUGGAGCUGAAGGCGAAGCUUGAGGACCAUCGGGUUCUCAAGCUGAAGGGCAUGCGGGCGUCCAACAAGCAGGCGGCACAGGAUGCUACGGCCACGGCGGACUGGAUGAGAGAUCGGCUCGACGACCUCGCCUUUCGCACCGGAACCUACGGGUUCUAUUUCCUCACGCGCGGACAUGUCCACGACACGAUCUCGACGACGUGGUACGGCAACGACAAUGCCCUCAGGUUCUUUGCCGACAUGCUGAAAAAGCCCGCGGAUGAGGUCGGCAAGCUCUUCGAGGUAUGGGCGGUUGCCCUAGGGAAAAACAUCGUCGAGCGCAGCGAUCUCCCUGAUGUCCGCCAGCAGUGUGUAGAACUCAUCCUUAAAGGACUCCGUUUCAUUACAAAGAACUCCGCUAUCGCAAUGCACUACAAGCACUACCACACCCUCAUUGUCAAGGUCUACAGCGUCCGACUCGAGGGCUGGCCCUCCGACACCAUCCCAUUCGGCAACCUCUCUCGCGUACUCAAGAACGUCGAUGACGCCCUGCGCCUGCGCGCUAUGUUGAAGUCUGAGGAGUGCAAGUGGGUCAAGCUCUCCGCGGCGGAGCUUGCCGACCACAUGCACAAGUUCGAAGCCAAGCAAACCGCCAACGGGGAGACAACCGGGAAGGCCCGGAAGAAACGCUCUGAUAUCGGCAAGAAGCGGGGCCCGUAUUCCCAAGCUGGACGCCCAUCCAAAGCCUCGAAGGCGUCCCGUGCGCAGGCUUAUAAGAGCGCUGAGAUCGUCGAAUCGUCCAGCGAGGAGGAUGCCUAG